CCUCCCCCUCCCCCUCUUUCUUCUCCUCCCUCGUCGCCGCCGCCGCCGCCGCCGCCGCCGCCUCAGCCUUCGCCUUAGCCGCCGCCGCCGCCCGCUCCCGCCCGCGUGCGGCGGGAUGGACGAUCAAUCCAGGAUGCUGCAGACUCUGGCCGGAGUGAACCUGGCCGGCCACUCGGUGCAGGGGGGCAUGGCCUUGCCGCCUCCCCCGCACGGCCACGAAGGGGCGGACGGCGACGGCAGGAAGCAGGACAUCGGCGACAUCCUCCACCAGAUCAUGACCAUCACCGACCAGAGCUUGGACGAGGCGCAAGCAAAGAAACAUGCCCUGAACUGUCACAGAAUGAAGCCCGCGCUCUUCAGUGUCCUGUGUGAGAUCAAAGAGAAAACAGGUCUCAGCAUCAGAGGAGCCCAGGAGGAAGACCCUCCCGAUCCCCAGCUAAUGAGACUGGACAAUAUGCUUUUGGCAGAAGGGGUUUCAGGUCCUGAGAAAGGUGGGGGAUCGGCGGCAGCAGCUGCAGCCGCGGCAGCCUCUGGAGGUUCUUCAGAUAACUCUAUUGAACACUCAGAUUACAGAGCCAAAUUGACCCAGAUCAGACAGAUCUAUCACACAGAACUGGAGAAAUAUGAACAGGCAUGUAAUGAAUUUACCACACAUGUGAUGAACCUUCUCCGAGAACAGAGUAGAACACGUCCCAUUUCCCCAAAAGAAAUUGAAAGAAUGGUGGGCAUCAUUCAUCGAAAAUUUAGUUCCAUUCAGAUGCAGCUCAAACAAAGCACUUGUGAAGCAGUUAUGAUUUUAAGAUCAAGGUUCCUUGAUGCCAGACGGAAAAGGCGUAACUUCAGUAAACAGGCCACAGAAAUCUUAAAUGAAUAUUUUUACUCACACCUCAGUAAUCCCUACCCCAGUGAAGAAGCCAAAGAGGAGCUGGCCAAGAAAUGCAGCAUCACAGUAUCACAG